UACCUUGUACUGUUUCAAGAAUUUUCAAUGGUGCAAUGGGAAAAUACGUGACAGAGAAAUGGAGGUUGCAAUUUAAAAAAAGUCGCAUCGGAAGCAGAGUGAUCGAAAAUGAAGAACAGAUAUUACGAUGUGAUCCGGGCUAUUUUAUCGCUGGGGAAGACCACUGAAGAGAACGAUGUUUCUUGCUUGGACGGUAAAUGGUCAGAGGAUUUCACCUGCGUAUCAUCCGGCUGUGCAACAGAUCCUCCUCCGACGAAAAACGGAAACAUUCACACAAAGAGGGACUUUCACGGCGGAACUGUUACGUAUAUCUGCAAUACCCUGUUCUCGAAGGUAAAAUCUGGAAACGUUACGUGUCUUUUCGGACAAUGGGAAGGCGUCACUCCAGUCUGCGAAAAAAAGCAUUGUCUCGUUAGUGAGCUGAAUGAUCCAGGCUUAAAAGAUUCACUGCGUAUAUACUGGAAUGGUGUCUCAUACGAUCCCUCUUGCAAAGCAGGAUACGAAACGUCGACGGUUGCAAACAAACUAGUUUGCAGAAAUGGAAACUGGACUGGACACAUCCCUCCUUGUCAGCCAGCCAGUUGCAGAAACGAUCCUCCACGAAUAAACAACGGACGAGCAAUUCCAAAAUGCAGGACCCACGGAUGCGCUGUUACCUACAUUUGCGAGCAUCCCUUCACAUUAAAAGGCAACUCGACAGUUACAUGCCAAUAUGGCGGCUGGGUUGGAAAUCCUCCCACCUGUAGUACUGAUAUCUGCCGCGUACCAAGAAUUUCUAACGGUGAAAUUGGAAAUUACGUUACGAACUAUGGUCAACGGGUGUUCCAAAAGAGUCGCAGCGGAGAAGAGAUGUACGGUGGUGUGGAAUAUCAUCUUCGAUGUUACGACAAUUAUCACGUGGCGGGAAGCAGAAGUCAAGAGAUCAGGUUCUACUGCAUCGAUGGAGUGCUGUCAGAAUCUCUGGAAUGUGCUUCAUGCAAGUAA